AUGAAGUUCACCACCGUCGCCUCGAUCGCGACCCUCCUCGCGGCACCAGUUCUGUCGGCUCCCACAGACUACACUCCCCCAGGCGGAUGGGAAAGCGUCGACUACCCAGAUGGUACUGGCGAGAAUCUGGGGUAUUACCCACCUCCGCCAGGAGGAUGGGAGAAUGUGAAGUACCCUCCUGGUACCGGCUCUGGUGCCGUCGCUGGUACCGGGUCUGGCCAGAAGGAUCAACAUGAAUACACCAGUACUUUUGCGAUCGUGGCGCUCGGGGCCGAAGUUCGCAACGGUACAGCGCCUGCUCCAGGCCCAGCCGAUGCAAAGGGACUCUUCUACUAUGGCCUCAACUCCAAGACGGAUACCAUUUGCUGGGAGAUCAUCCUUUACAAUGUCAUCGGGGAGUACCAGUCGCCGGCCCGUACCGCCACUCACAUACACGAGGCGGCGAAAGGCGCUUCCGGCCCGCCCCGUUUAGCCUUCCCCAACCCAGUGGGCGACGACAAGAAGCGUGUUAGCACGGGCUGCAUGACAGCACCUUUCACGACGGGUGUCCUCGCCAAUGGUGUAGAUACGGGCACCGGCUUCAAGCUUGCGCAGAUUGAGGCCAACCCUGCCGGCUUCUUCACUGAUUGUCACACCAAGCUAUUCCCACUUGGUCUCGUCCGAGGACAGUUUGCUUGA